AUGGAUCUGAAUGCUCAAGAGAAGAAAGCAGGGUUCUUACAAAGGGUUAAGGACUUCGCUAACAAACUCAAAGACGGUGUGACCAAGCACGUAAAGAACGUGCACAAGUUUGGGAAAGAUGAUCCAAGACGGAUCAUGCAUUCCAUAAAAGUGGGACUUGCACUCACAUUAGUGUCAAUGUUGUACUAUGUACGACCACUUUUUAAUAGUUUCGGUGUUUCGGGUAUGUGGGCGAUACUAACCGUAGUCGUGGUCUUCGAAUUCACUGUUGGUGGGACACUUUCAAAAGGUUUCAACAGAGGUUUUGCAACAUUAACAGCCGGUGUCUUAGCGGUUGGUGCAGUACACAUUGCUCGAUUCUGUGGACACAAAGGAGAGCCAAUUGUUCUUGGGAUCCUAGUGUUCUCACUUGCCGCAGCUGCAACAUUUUCACGUUUUUUCCCAAGGAUUAAACAGAGAUAUGACUACGGCGCCUUGAUAUUCAUACUCACAUUUUGUAUGGUUGCCGUUUCGGGGUACCGUACAGAUGAAAUAUUGGUUAUGGCAUAUCAAAGACUAUCGACCAUUCUUAUUGGUGGAACCAUAUGCAUCCUUGUGUCGAUUUUCGUUUGUCCUGUAUGGGCAGGAGAAGAUCUUCACAAGAUGAUUGCUAACAACAUUAUCAAACUUGCUAAUUACUUAGAAGGUUUCGAGGCUGAAUAUUUUCCAUCACCGGAGAAGACUACAAAGGAGACAAACUCGUGUGUUGGACAAUACAAAAGCAUUUUAACAUCAAAAAGCACUGAAGAUACUUUGGCGAAUCUUGCAAGAUGGGAGCCGGGACACGGCCAUUUCAGGUUAAGGCAUCCGUGGAAAAAGUACUUGGAGGUUGCUGGACUCGUUCGCCAAUGCGCCUUCCAUUUCGAAAUCCUCAAUGGAUAUCUUCUCUCCGACGUUAAGGCACCGCAAGAUUUCAUAAGCAAGAUUCAAGAGCCAUGUUCGAUUCUGAUCAGAGAAGCUAGUGAAGCCCUAAAAGCCAUAGCCAACUCAAUCAGAACAAUGACCAGGGACUGUCUUUGUGUGAAUGCACACAUUGAAAACUCCAAAAAUGCCAUAGAAAACCUAAGGGUUGCACUCAAAUCGCUUUCUCCAGAGAUAGAUAAAGAUCUAUUGGAGAUCAUUCCCGGAGUCACAAUGGCGUCAAUCUUGAUCGAGAUCGUGAACUGCGUCGAGAAGAUCUCUAAGGCCGUGGAAGAAUUAUCCGGUCUGGCAAACUUUAAAGAGCGUUUGGAUCCAAAAUUAUCACCGGAAUUAGGACAACAUCAACUACUUCACAGGGGAAGUGUAAAGCCGGUUUUAGAGGGUGCCAACGAGGAAAAGUACAACAAGUCUCCCCAUGUUCUUAUCACUGUCCAUGAUGAACAGCCACCAAUCAACGAGAAGAAAGUUUUGGGAGCAAAGAAGGCGAGAGUAGAUGUCGUGUUUGACUAUGUCUUCGAUGUCGUACAACCUGAACUUCCUGAACUUCCAUGGCUAGACUGUAGUGACCUAUUCGGGCACAUGGCGCAUAAACCCCUUGCACUUAGUGAGCCGCCGUCGUCCUUGUCUCCUACCAAUUCUGCAAUCUGCAAUUAA